GACAAUUUGUCAAAACACUAACAAACGUCACGAACAUAUACCAUUGAAAAAUCGAUCUGUCGCCCUAUUUGUAAAAGUUUUAAAGAUCUCUGUUAGUCAUUUAUGUCAUCAAUCAUGCAGAAGUGUAACGAUGAUAACAUACCCCUAGCUGACGACGACCCACAAGUAAUAAUCAAUGACGAAAUAGAAAACAAUCAUUUAGAUCAUGGUCGUUCAAUGGACUCGUUACCGAGUUCUUACACUGGUGGUUCCUCAAGCCCUGGCCUCAAUGGGCCUCCGAGCUUCGAACCAGAUUCCGGAAUUGACGAACAAGAAGAGAAGGCAAGACUAAUAUCUCAGGUUUUGGAACUGCAGAACACAUUAGAUGAUUUGUCACAAAGGGUGGAUUCCGUGAAAGAAGAGAAUUUAAAGUUGCGAUCAGAAAACCAAGUACUUGGGCAGUACAUAGAAAACUUAAUGUCAGCAUCCUCAGUGUUUCAAUCAACUACACCAAACAUACAGAAGAAGUAAAUGAUUUACCGCAGAGUUACCACUACUCAAAAAUAAAACACAAUUGCUGGGAACCAUGAUGUUGCGUGAAGUUUAAUUAUUUUUAAUUUUACAUAAGGCAUUUAUUUUAAUUAAAUAACUCCAAAAAGUGGUAGGAAUAAAAAAAAACAGAUCUUUCAUAAUUAGUGGGUAAUGAUUUUCGUAUUGUAUGUGGUAUUAAAAUUGAA